GUAAAAUUUAAAUUAUUUUGCAAGUGAGUGUGCAGUCAAUAUUUUGUGCUAUAUAUUUGGAUGUAUUCUUUUUGACUUGCACCUCGGACGGAGUGCGUUUGUUUCAUUUUUUUGAUUAUUUGACCUGUGACGCACUAACAUAAAUUACUCAGGUGUUGCUAAAAAGUAAGUAACAAUGUAAUAAAUCACCCAAUUCAGACAUACUACUCAUUUUAUGUAAGCAUAUUUCGGCGGUCACUAGUAACAUUACUUCUUUGCUUGUAACUUUUUGUUUUUGUACCGUUGUGAUAUCUGCUAUACACAAUCCUCUGUCUGGAUAAUAGUAAAGGAUUUCAUAGGAAUGUCCACAUGCGUGAAGUAUUAUAUAACUAUAAUAAUGAAUCAGUUUUUGCUUUGAAAUAAUUUAAUGACGAUUUUUACAUCAUUGAAAGAAUGAAGUGCCUCACUGAAAUUAGUAUUUCUCCCCUCUCAGGGGAAACUGAGGGAAUGAUGCACGACCAUUUAAAAACAUGACUGGUUCCAACGAUACAAAGCUUAAUGCAAAUGGGUGAAGUUUCCCUUUAAACUUCCAGAUGUACCUGAUAGAAGAAUUAGUGCAGUGGAAUGAAGCAUGCGCAGCUGCUUUCACUAAACGCAGCAGUAGAAAGGACACCUACUUUUCCAGUCGGCUGAUGAAGGACAUAAACCGUCUGAGCCAGAUGUUUCUAGGCUGUAACCUGGGUGAAGGUCACACCUGCCCAGAGUACACUGUUACUAUAUAUUUGUCAUGGUGUCAGAUUUUUACUGUAUUUGCUUAUUUUUAUCAUUAUAGGGGUGGUGUACACACACGGGUGACACACAAUUAUGUUCAAGCAACAUAUUGUUAAGUGAAUUUCGCAUAUUAAGUGACCUUUAUUUGUUAUAACGCAAAAGGGCCAUUCUUGGUAAUGUUAGCUGAGAAAAACAGUUAAACUAUGCACGAAACAUAAGCACCAUACAAAUACAGGUGCCUUGAUUUAGAUGUUAUACUGUUUGUGAGCUCAUAGGGGUGGAGUACCUGUACUCACAAAACAACAGUGCUGGAGGUCAACCACAAUAUGGAUCCUGAUGCCCCAGAUGAAGGAGAAAGUGAUGAUGACAUGUAUGUGGACCUGGAAAAUGACGACUUUGAGGAUUUAGGGUUUGAUGACUGCAAGUCUCUUGAAUUUUUGGAUCUUAGCCUCUUUCCCAUCUGCAAAGUUCCUUGACAGAAAGAUCUAAGCCAGAUCUAAUCGUGUCUUCCACAUCUGGGCCCAUAAAGGACACAGAACACCUUCUCUCACCAGGCAUCUCACAGGAAUAUCAUAAGCAUCUUGGACCUGAUGGUGUUCCUGGUUAUGGCCAUGUUAUUAUGGUCAUGAAAGAGAUGAAGGAACAUACAGUCAUUAAUGAUGUGAAUACUACAGCCUCCAUGGCCCUAAAUUCAGUUCUGCAUAAUGAUCAGGAGCCCUUCACCAUGGACAUAUAACUCAACAGGAGGUGGAUGCUUUUGGACAGGUCCAGUGUGUUCAGACCCAGCCUCAUGUAGUCCAGGGGACUCCCAAUGCAGCCCACCUGCAGAAAAUUCCUCCUAUCAAACAUACUAAUCUCCGGGUCCCCAAGACAACAGCUUGGAGACAAAGGAAAGCAGCCCAACAAGGGUUUCCAGUUAAACGGCCGCGUGAACAGUAUGUUUGUCAAAAGUGUGGCAAGCCGAAGACAAAAUAGUUUGGUCAUAGCCAGUUUCGUGGUGUCCACUUUUGUUCGGAAGCCUCUGGAAAGACUGUGGAACAGUGGAUGCAGGAAAUGAGACUGGGAAAUACUGAACCCUUUACCCACAACAUGUAACAACAUGUUAGAUUUUUGUUAAUAUUUUCAUUUAAUAAUUACUGUUGAAUAUAUCUGUUGAUAUAUCUGAAUGUUUGUUCUAAUUGGGCAUUUUUAUUUUGUCGUGCUACUUUGUUGGUUGCUAUUUAUUGUUUUUUCUUGUGUGUUUUCUGAGAUCAAAAAAAGCAACAAAGGCAGAUAUACUCGUUUUGACCCUUAAUUUUUUCCUUUUGCUGAACACAGGUGAAAGUUCCAAGUAUGGAUACGUCAAAAAUGUUAGAUAAGUAUCCGACUUUAGAUCCAGUUCGUGAAAAUAAAACAAAGCUGCACUGUGAUUAGCUAACUCCGUUUUCUGAUUAUUUCCAGUUCAAUGGUUUGAAUCCUGCCUAAUGUUUCACACUUACUGAGCAUUGGGGAACUUUUUUGGUGUAACACCUCCACAGAAGAGGGCGGAAUGUAUGUUGGUUCAUGUGAAACUGCGCAGACCGAUCGGCCUAUGACAACAAAAUACCGCGAGUGCGACUGGAAAGAUCAGUUCUCGCGAUACUUUUAUGUCUUACUCCGCGUGGUAAGCGCAGAGCUGCAUGUGGUAGCGCGCAUCAAUACGUCACUUCCGGAAUCCGGUGAAUCACAUUGGAUCUCGCUGCGAUACGGGCGGUAGAGAGGCAACUUUAAAUGCUGUCUGCAACAAUCUGUAGCAUUGCUGGAUCAAAACGUUCGUUGCAUUGACCACUUAAUAGCAGACAAGAGGAUGUCAAGUGAAAGGACACUUAAAGAGCUCCCAUGUCUCGGUGAUAAUUUGGAGGGAUCCUCGUGCCGAUCUGUGAGAAGUAAAUUGAAACGCAGGCCCUCCUGCAGCGGGGGUCUCGAUACUGAAAACACCCCACACGAGCUCAUUCAACAGUGGUCACCCCCACACAAAAAGCCCCUGAUUUGUGUAAAAGGGAAGGAAAACGAUGAAAAUGUGUUUGUUUUGGGAAGACGUCCCAGGAAAAGGAGAGAAACAUCAGCAGGCUUGUGUUGGGACAGUCUGCCCGAUGAGCUGCUGCUGGGGAUCCUGUCUCACCUCUCACUGCAAGAUCUUCUCAGGACGUCUCGGGUCUGCAAGCGCUGGCAUCGUCUUGCGUUCGAUGAGUCCUUGUGGCAUAGUGUGGACUUGGUAGGAAAAGCUCAGUUAGAUGGUGAGCUUGGACAGGUGUUCUCAGCUGGAGUCUUGAGACUGCGCUGUCCACACACCUGCAUCGGCCAACCUGGUUUUAAAAAUACAAAACCACUUCGUGUCCAACAUAUGGAUUUAUCAAGCUGCACCGUAGAGACCUCAGUUCUUGAACAAAUCACAUCUCGCUGCAGACAUCUGCAUAAUAUGAGUCUUGAGGGAUUGGUGCUCUCUGACAGCAUUCUUCACUCUCUAGCUCAAAAUACUGAGCUUGUCCGGUUGAACUUGUGUGGUUGUUCUGGUUUCUCCCCUGAAUCUCUGGCUAAAAUGCUAAAAUCAUGCAGUCGACUUGAAGAAAUAAAUGUGUCGUGGUGUGACUUCAGUUCUCUCCAUGUUCAGGCCGUUUCGAGCAACGUUCCCUCCAGUGUCACUCAACUCAACAUUAGUGGUUACAGACAGAACCUCAGCACAGAUGAUGUCAAGGCUAUAGUAGAAAGAUGCCCAAACCUCACAAACCUAGAUAUAAGCGACAGCGUGCUUAUGACAGCAGACAGUUUUCCGGUUCUGCAGCAGCUCUCCUCUCUUAGACAUCUGGCACUGAGCCGCUGUUAUUUGAUUCACCCAGCAUCUCUCAUUGACUUUGAAAAGUUUCCAGAUUUGCAGACCCUGGAGGUCUUUGGACUAAUACAGGACGGCUAUCUGCCCAUUCUUAGUAAAAGUCUUCCACACAUACAGAUCAACACGCAGGCUUUCUCUACUGUGGCACGUCCAACUGUGGCUACAAGGAAGGAUCGCACUCUUUGGGGAAUGCACUGCCGGCUUAAAUACAAACAUUGAGGUUUUUAUUCCAAGAUAAUUGCAGGGUAAAACAAGUCAUUUUUUGUGAUGAUCUCUUACUUGUCUCAAGGAAUGUUAUUGUAAUUAAUUAUCAUUGGUAAUUCACUCCUUUGUUAUUUUAAUACUUUUUAAAGACAGCAAUAGUGUUGAAGUUCCUGACAAUCUUGAAUCAAGUGUUAUUUACAUUGUGGUUAAGGUCGUUUAAUUUCUAACAAAAAAUGGUGCACAGACAACUACAGUGUGAAUGACAUUUUUAUAUCCUAAUGGUGGAAUGUGGCCACACAUUUAAAUUUUAGAUAUUUUAGCU